CCACUCCUUGUCGCGUGGGACCACGUGACUUUAGCGGAGCAAGCGGCACCGAUAGUCCUCGUUUUUUCACGAUUGCUUAUGAUGGAUCUCGUGCAUUCCGAUAGAAACGAGACCCAGAUACAAAUUCGUUUUGUAACCAAGCAAGAGAGAUAUGCAGUACCGAAUUAUCCUCUAUCAAUACACAGUUCGAUAGUCGCCAGCGAAUUAAACAAUAUAAUAAAUGAACUUUUGAAAGAGUCGAAUGAUAUCCAAGAUGAAGUGGAAUUCGAUUUCUUGGUUUAUUCGCAAUUUUUACGCACCUCCCUGGCGGAGCAUAUCGCAGACAGGGGAAUUUUUACAGAAGAGGUGAUAGAAGUGGAACAUGUAGAGAAGCAUCCCUUACCAGAACCAAAGGAUUGUUUGAUACACGAUGACUGGGUAUCAGCUGUCGCCGUUUGUGGAAAAUGGAUCCUAACUGGUACUUACGAUAAUAAACUGCAUAUUUGGACAUCGAAAGGUAAACAUCGUCUUGUGAUUCCUGGACAUGCAUCUCCUGUCAAAGCAGUGGCCUGGAUAUCUCUCGAUAAUGAUAAAGCUUCCUUUGUCAGUGCAUCGAUGGACCAGACAUGCAUGAUAUGGAGUUGGGAUAUAAUUAAGAAUUCUGUAGAGUGCGUACAUGUUUGCAAAGGACAUAAAAGAAGCGUCGAAGCAGUCAGUGUAAACUAUAAUAAGACGUUAAUGGCAACUGGUGCUUGGGAUAAUAUGCUUUUUGUAUGGUCAACAUCUACACAAGAGGAAGAUGAUAGUGGGGAAUCGGCACCAAAGAAGGCAAGAUUAGAAUACGCUAGUAAAACGAAGGCUCCAAAAUGCGCGAUGAAGGGACACAAACAGGCAAUCAGCGGGAUCGUGUGGUCCGACAAAACAGAAAUCAUCACUAGUUCGUGGGAUCAUACGAUAAAGAUCUGGGAUUCGGAAUUGGGUGGCAUCAAGCAUGAGAUCCAUGGCGAUAAGUGUUUCUUCGACAUUGACUACUCGCCCUUAUCACGUGCUGCGAUAACAGGAUCGGCCGAUCAACAUGUGAGGCUGUACGACCCGAGAUCUGCAGAGGGUACGAUUUUGAAAGCCAAGUUCACCUCUCACACGCAAUGGGUGGCGUCGGUACGAUGGUCGACCGUGAACGAAAAUCACUUCAUCUCGGGAGGGUAUGAUAACGUCGUCAAAUUCUGGGAUACCAGAAGCCCUAAGGCACCGCUGUUUGAUCUUAUGGGACACGAAGACAAGGUCCUCAGCUGCGACUGGUCGAAUCCUGAAUUGAUAACCUCCGGUGGUGCGGAUAAUACUUUAAGGAUAUUCAAGUCCAAGCACGAGGCAUCGUAAUCGUAACCGCGGUACAAUACAAGUAUUAUACAAGCAGAGGCAAUGUGUACAAUCAAUGAAGAAACAAUCGAGAAAUUGCUCGCAAAUAAUUUAAGUUUGAGAAUUAUUAAUAAUAUUAGUGAAUAAUUUUGAAACGGGGAAAAUUAAAUUAAUCAUUAACAUGAUUAAUAAAUUGAGUCGUAAAAAAACGAUCUCUACCACUUAGCACUCGAUUAUGUACACAAUUUCGUUCAAGAAUCUUUGUACUUGUUAUGGAUUUUUAUUGAUCUUUUUUUAUGCGAAACGAGAGAACUAUCGCGAAUCAAAAUCAAAAUAUUGAUUGUACUCGAUCACAUCGUUAUGUCGUAUGUAAAAAAUGCGGAAACUGAAUCGAUACACCAAUGCAACGGUAAAAAACGUUACAAUUGACUGUAAUAAAGGACGUCCAUUGAUUAAGAACAUG